GCAAGAGACGAUUCGGACUCAGUAGUGAACACCGAAGCACUCGAGCAAUCCACAGGAGUAGAAGCAGUGCCGGGGUGUCAUCAUGAUUCCGAUAAUCAGUGUUAUUGUCGGAAUUACGACAGUGGCGGCGGCACCUGCUGACCACUAUCAGAGCAGAUACGACCAUCUCGACAUAGAGAGCAUCUUGAACAACAGGAGAAUGGUCAAUUAUUACGCCGCUUGUUUGCUGUCACAAGGGCCGUGUCCGCCGCAAGGGCUAGACCUCAAGAAGGUUCUUCCGGAGGCCCUCGCUACAAACUGCAUUAAAUGCACGGAAAAGCAGAAAGCCGCAGCCUACCGUUCAAUAAAGCGCCUGAAAAAAGAGUAUCCUAAAAUCUGGGCUCAGUUAGCCGUAGAAUGGGACCCCCACGACGUCUACGUCCGAAAAUUCGAGGCUUCGUUCGAAAGCGGAAAACACGCUCCUGCUUUUUCGCGACCUCCAGUCUUAUUUAACCGUUUUGGAGACACAGAAAACUCCGAUUCUACGACAAAUAAAGCAUCUUCUUCUACCCCUUCUUCUACUACUAGCACUACCACCACCAUUCGCACUACUAUAACUACUACUAAACCAACUAACAAACCUUUCGUGUAUGUAACACAACCGCCUUUGUUCGUAACAAAACCACCACAAGCGCCACCGUUUACGACCGUUGGGGCUAACCUCCAGGCAACGGUUACGUUCAUGGCGGCUCUUAAAAAAAUUGUUAUCCAGUUGUAUCAACAUAAACUGGACACUAUUAACAGAAUCCUAUCUGGAAGAUAAGUCUUCUGUGAUUAACACUGAGGAAUAAGGAAGAGGAGGGGCGCAGAGGUGCUAACUUUUGUUUUUAGUCAUUGCUUAAUGUUAAGAACUCAUCUUCAUUAACCGUCAUCUUUCAGAUAGACUGAGGAGUCUCAAUUGGCUGUGUGAACGUCAAAAUUGACAUCUGAAACGUCAAAUUUGGCGUAAAGAGGCCAUGCUCUGACUCCAUGGCCGCCAUUUAAAUUUUAUCUGAAAAUCGAAAGUUAAAAAUAUUUAUAUUUAUUCUAGUCUUCGAAAUUGGUAUUUUGCAAAAAAUUUCGAGGUCUCAUUAUAGUAGAUGCUAAGUUUUAGUGAAGGCUUUAUUUGAGAACGAACAAUCUCCAAAUGCCUUACACUUUUUAAAGUAAUUUAAGUGAUGUGAUAUUCUCAUAACUACAGUUAAGACUAGGUUGUAGGAGCAAUUAGGAACAAUAAAAACAACAUGUAA